AUGGGAGAUGAACCAAACUCUCAGCAUAAUAAUGCUAUAUGUUUUUGUGAUACUCUGAUGAAUCAAUCAGGACAUAUUGAUAAAACGAUUCAAAAACAAUCUGCUGAUCAAAUUGAAAAGAAUAGGUUAAGGGUGAAAACAUCAAUAAACGUUGUUCGAUUUCUUUCAUUUCAGGGGAUUGCUUUUAGGGGGCAUGAUGAGAAAAUUGAUUCAAAAAACCGUGGUAACUUCAUUGAGUUGAUCAAACACACUGCUUCUUACAAUGAGGAUGUUGCAGGUGUCGUUUUAGAAAAUGCCCCUGGCAACGCAAAAUACACUUCACUUGAGGUUCAAAAAGAAAUUUUAAAUGUUUUUGCUAAGAAAGUGAGAAAAAAGAUAGUUGAAGAUAUUUGUGAUUCUAAAUAUUGUAUAAUCGUUGAUGAGGCUAGUGAUGAAAGUAAGAAAGAGCAAAUGGCCAUUGUUCUUCGAUAUGUUGACAAUAAAGGUUUCAUACAAGAACGUUUUUUUGAUCUUAUCCAUGUCAAAGACACAUCAUCUUCCACUUGUAUUCUUCUAUAUGUGCAACUCUUACUUCUUACAAACUUGUUGUUGAGAAUCUUCAUGGGCAAGGAUGAUGUAGGUGCUUCUUGUAAACGCCAAGAUAAACUACAAGCUACUCAAGCUGCUAAAAUUGCAGAAAUGCUAGAAUCUGGUGAAAUUGAAACUGGAAAAGGGGCUAAUCAAAUUGGUACUUUAAAGCGUGCUGGAGACACUCGUUGGAGCUCACAUUUUACUUCUAUUAGCAGUCUUCUUUGGAUGUACAAUCCAACUUGUACAGUUUUGGUGAACAUAAAAAAAGCGGGCUCCAACUACAAAACAAAAGGUGAUGCUAGUACUGCAUUGAAACGAAUGACAUCUUUUGAGUUCGUUUUUGUUUUACAUAUGAUGAAACAAAUUUUGGGAAUUACUGAUGUUCUUUGUCAAGCUUUACAACAAAAGUCUCAUGAUAUCAUAAGUGCAAUGACGAUGGUUUCCCAUACAAAGAAACUGAUUGAAACCCUUAGAGAUGAUGAAUGGGGGUCUUUUCUCGAUGAUGUCAUGGAAUUUUGUAAGAAGCAUGAUAUUAGUAUUCCUGAAUUCAAAGAUCCUUAUUUUGAAGGAAGAAGCAACAGAAAGGGAGGUCUUAUUACUACCGAGCAUCACUAUCAUUUUGAUAUAUUUAAUGAAACAAUUGAUUUUCAGUUACAGGAAAUUGACUCGAGAUUCAAUGAAAGAGUUGUAGAGCUUUUAGAACUUAGUGCUGCUUCGGAUCCAAAAGAGGGAUAUAAACACUUCAAUUCUGAUUCUAUUUGCAAACUUGCAAGAAAAUAUUAUUAUCUUGAUUUCACUAACCAAGAAAUAGAUAUUUUAAAAUUCCAGUUAAAGCACUUUGAUGCUUAUGUAAAGGAUCAUUCAUUUUUGGGAAAGUUAUCAUCUAUUGCUGAAGUUUGUCAAGGUUUGGCAAAGACAGGAAACACAAGUCACUACUAUCUUGUUGACAGAUCGAUUCGCCUUGUGUUGACCCUUCCAGUGUCUACUGCAACUACUGAGCGUGCAUUUUCUGCUAUGAAAAUUAUAAAGAAUAGACUACGUAAUAAAAUGGAUGAUGAUUUUAUUACUGAUAGUCUGGUUCUUUACAUAGAGAAAGAUAUUGCUAAGCUUUUCAGUUUAGAUUCCAUUUUAGAUGAUUUUAAUAAUGUAAGAGAACGUCGUGUGUAA